AAUAUCCUGACAGCAUCCUGGAAGCUGCAUCACAGUGAGUCGGACUUCUGAAUCAAGCAGCUCAUAACAGUGAAUGUAUGUGAGGAGCACUGCCUUAUUCCUGUAACAAGAGAACUAUUUUGUGACAAGUGAAGCUGGGAAUGUGCAAGGAGGAAUAUCCUGUGGCUGUUUUAAAAGAAGAAGGACUUCCCUGCAUGACUUGGUGAUGCACGAGAAAAUAACUUUCAGAAGAGUGCCGCUGCAUUGUUCCUGAGGAAGUCUGUGUUUUUAACCUAUGGCAUUUCUUCAAAAGGUGUGACAACAAAGGCUGACAAGCGACUCUCCGAAAUGCCUAUACUUUAAAAAAGACUUUUGACAAUGUUAACCUUGUAUCAGGACGACCUUGGAAGCCUGUUGGGUGGAUUCAUUCCUGCAUUAUUCCUUUCAUUAUUUCAGACUCUAGGAUUUAAACUCAUCUUGAUGUGUUAGAGGUAUUUUAAAACAAAAUCAUUUUACAACCUACCCAAUGGCCCCUAUGCUAAUUGAGUACUUGCUCAAAAUAGAAUGCAGAAAUAGAAGAGACAUUUUAAAAAACAUAUGGCUGCUACAUAACUGCAAAUAUAGCAAACAAGUUGAUCCUUAAGAAACAGCCUUUCUGAGGAGGACAAACAACCCACAGAAGCUUUUCUUCUCUUGGCAAUUGCUUUUUUUCUUUUUGCAGCUUUAAUUUUUUAUUGUGCAAGGUAAUAAAUCCAUUUUCCCUAGAAGUGCCUUGUGUCUGCAAAAAGUUGUUUGAGACCACCAGAGGAUGCUAAUGGUGACCUUUCCCCACCUCCGCUGUAGCUUAUUCUCCUCCCUCUCCCCUUAAAACUGAGGUGUGUCACUGCUCACUGAGGCUGAUGAAGAGACUUGAGUCCUUUCUGGGAUGCUCAGCUGUGACAGAAGCACUGCCACCGUCUCCCGAAGCUGAUUCUGAGACUCUCAGGUGCAGAGUUUAACAGAUGCUGGCAGGGCACCGGCUUGCUGUAGCCCAGGCUGCAGGUUCCCUCAAUUCCAAGCCAUGAACGAAUCCAGGUGGACUGAAUGGAGGAUCCUAAACCUGAGCAGUGGCCCUGUGAAUGUGUCUGAGCGUCACUCCUGCCCACUAGGAUUUGGCCACUACAGUGCAGUGGACAUCUGCGUCUUUGAGACCGUUGUUAUUGUCCUGCUGACAUUUCUGAUCAUUGCUGGGAAUUUAACAGUCAUCUUUGUCUUUCACUGUGCUCCACUCUUACACCAUUAUACCACCAGCUACUUCAUCCAGACGAUGGCAUAUGCUGAUCUUUUCGUUGGAGUUAGCUGCUUGGUUCCUACUCUCUCACUUCUCCACUACUCCACAGGUAUCCACGAGUCACUGACUUGCCAGGUUUUUGGAUAUAUUAUCUCUGUUCUCAAAAGUGUUUCUAUGGCAUGUCUUGCUUGCAUAAGUGUGGAUCGUUAUCUUGCAAUCACCAAGCCUCUCUCCUACAAUCAACUGGUCACCCCUUGUCGGCUGAGAAUUUGCAUUAUUUUAAUCUGGAUCUACUCCUGCCUAAUUUUCUUGCCUUCUUUCUUUGGCUGGGGGAAACCUGGUUACCACGGUGACAUUUUUGAAUGGUGUGCCACCUCUUGGCUCACCAGUGCCUAUUUUACAGGCUUUAUUGUUUGUUUACUUUAUGCUCCUGCUGCCUUUGUUGUCUGCUUCACUUACUUCCACAUUUUCAAAAUUUGCCGGCAGCACACCAAAGAGAUACAUGACCGGAGGGCCCGGUUCCCGAGCAAUGAGGUGGAUGCCUCUGGAGAGACUGGACACAGCCCCGACCGUCGCUAUGCCAUGGUCCUGUUUCGGAUAACCAGCGUAUUUUACAUGCUGUGGCUCCCCUAUAUUAUUUACUUUCUUUUGGAAAGCUCCCGGGUCUUAGACAAUCCAACACUGUCCUUCCUAACAACCUGGCUUGCUAUAAGUAAUAGUUUUUGUAACUGUGUAAUAUACAGCCUUUCCAACAGUGUUUUCCGGCUAGGCCUCCGAAGGCUUUCCGAGACAAUGUGCACGUCUUGUAUGUGUCUGAAGGAGCAGGACACAAGAGACCCCAAGCCCAGGAAACGGGCCAAUUCCUGCUCCAUUUGAAGAGAACUGCCCAGUAAAUCAAGUGUAAUGGAUAGUGGUUUGUGUUCAUAGUCUUGAUUCAUCUGGAAAUUUGCCACUAGAGAAAUAUUUACUUGAAUAGUAAUAUGAGAUGAAGGGACUAAAGGUUUCAUUUUUUUCUCUUUUUUCAUGGAGGAAAAAACUAAAGGAAAGGAUGUAUAGAGAGUAAUCUCAUGAGAUAAAUAUAGCAUGUGAGUGUCAAUGUGCAGUAGUGGGAAAAAUUAAGCACUGAGGAUGACAAAAGUAAGUCAGAUAUUCCACAGGAUGCGAGCCAAGCCCCUCGGUGUCUUUCUCUCUGAUUGAACUCUGUCCUCUGUCUUUGUCUCUGAUUCUUGUCUCUUUACUCUCAUUGUGUUUGUGGAAAUUACUUGCAUCAAUUUUCCUCUAUAGAAAAUUGCUACAUAUUAUAUAUGUGGCAAAGUAUAAUCUUUGGCAUCAAAGUGUACUUUUAAACACACUGAUCUGAAAUCCGUAAGUGGUCUCUCAUGGAUGUAUAGUAAGCAUUGUAUGUUAGUACCUGCCACACAACCCUUUUGCUUGUGUUUUUAUAAUCUCCACAGCACACAUUUUCUGCCAUGAGCAAAAAGAAACAGUAUUUUUCUUUCAUCAGGGUAAAAUGAUGCUCCCCUCCCCUGUAUUCCUGCUGUAUUUCCCUUUAUCUGCAUCCUUUGGUACCUUAAUUCAGAAGUGUCUUAGCUAAUGAAAGAAUCUACUACAUAGAGCAAUCAAAAUGUUAAAUAAUUUAUUCCUUCCAACAAAGCAAUCGAUAACCAGUAUGAGAUAUUAUGUUAAAUCUUUUUAAUGGUUUUUAGAAACAUUUUUUCUGAUUUCUUUUAAAUUCUUUCACAUUCCCAAAGUGGUGUCCCUUUUGCUAUAUAGUAAAGCUUUGUUUUCCUUUAAUACAAUCAACAAAUAAUUCUAAUGCAGAUGGUGAGUACUCACCCGGAAGUGAGGCAUUGCUCUUAAAGCUACUUGGUGUGUCUUUUUUUAUUUUUAAGACUAAAAUAUUGACCUUUUUGUGUUAGGUUUACAAAACUUACUGUUCUGUCCACCAAUCAUUUGUGUAAUAUGCGUUUGCACAUAGUAUAUUUUUUACAACAAAGAAAAUGUAAAUGACAUUAUGUGAUCUGUGCCUAAUGUUUUCUUAGCACAAUAUAUAGAUCAAUGUUGCUUAAGUCACCAACAUAGGGAAAAAAUAUACAAAAACUUAUUUUAGUGAAAAAAUACUUUUGUGUAGCUGUUAUUUAGAUAUUUAUAUUAGACCAAGCUGUAUUCUUAGUGCUGCUGAGAAUAUAAUAUACUUAAUUAUGAAGUACAGGUGACAGCUUUCAGUAUUUUCUUUUGUAAUGAUCUGUUUUCAUAUUCAGAGUUUAAAUUAGCUUAUUUUUUAGUGUGCUACAUGGAAUUGUGUAAUAAAUUGUCAGGGGUUUAGAUGUAGCAAAAUGGCAUUUGGGAAUUAGUAGUGAAGCAGGCCUGAGUGGUAAAACAUCUAAAUCUUACUUUUUUUUUUACCAUAAUUUUCCUGCCUGAUAGAUAUUUUAAAUUUUAUAUCAAACUACUACUGAGUAUUUUUCUUCUCAGCAUUUUUGAUUUGUUUGUUUUAUGAAAUGCAUUAAUGAAUGUGCCUAUGGAAGCCAACCAUGUUGCACACUGGUGGUUUGACUUCAUAGGCCCUUUAGUGGAAAUGUCAUCAUUCUAUUGAGGUUGUUCUGAAACCCUGUAUAUUUUUUAAAAUGUAAGAAAGGUUUAAAAUAAAUAAUAAAAUAGUAUUCUAUAUAUCAAAA